AUGGCGGGCGCGCAUGCGCUUGUCUCGUUCAUGCAGAGCGGCGCAAUUGCGGAGGGUGAUCUAGUGCUUGCUCCUGCUGCGUUGCUUCCAGUGGAAUGGCGUUCUUCGCGCGGAAUUGAAGGGCGGGUGCGUCUGGUGGGCACGGUCAUGGAUGUCACGCGCGAGGCGGCUGGUGUGCGCGUUCGGCUUAAGGUGAACACGUAUCAAGCUGCCGUUGUGUUGCCAGGCACCCAUGCAUGCCUGCAGCACUUUGUGCGGCCGGGUCCUGCUUCAUGGUUAUUCGCCGUCCACAAAAAUGGGCUUUGUGGGGAGCUGGGAGGGCGAUCCUGCCUUCUCCCUCCCUGUCACAGAUACAAACAUCAUUAG